CUCUGGGAGCCGGACUUCAAUUUCAUGGCUGAGUGGCGCUUUUCUAGAGCAACAAAAGGUGGAUCCGGCUGGUUGAGAUGGAAACGAAAGUCGGCAGGGAGACUGAGUUGGAGUGAGACGUCCAGAGAUCCACACACACAAAGCAAGGCAUUGGCUACAUGAAUAGUCACACACACACAGGUGGUCAUGAGGUUGACGCUAAACUCCUCCUGAAAUUUAAAGUUUGCCUGGUUGCUUCCAACUCAUAGUUAGCUGACCAGAUGCAUGAAGGGUGACCAACAUCGGUGCACAUCAUGUCAGCAGUGACCUGUCAGCCUCCUCCUUUUGGUCCACUUGAGCGAGAGAAGCACAUCCAGGACAUCUUCAGGGCUUUCAAGAAUCGAUGCGGGCCUUCCUGUGAGUGCCAGACUCAAGUGGAAGACGCCAAGUCCCACCAAGUGCCUCCUGACUUGGAAUCUGAAAAACACAGUUCAGAUCUCAGGCCUCAUGGUGGGAUACAGGACAUGUGCAUGCAGCCACCAGCACCGAAGACGCCCGAGGAGGUGGAGCAGGACCUUAACGAUGAAGCAGGACUGCAGUUUUUGUCGGUGUUAGAGACAGUCAGGCAGAUACAUGUCACUGCGAGACCCGACCUGCGGGGUCCACAGUGUGUUUCCAGAAAGAUUUACAGCAUCACCACCGGAAGUAGCAAGUCACAGAUGUUUGUGGCUGUGGAGGAGAGCUCUUGUAUUUGCCUCCAUUUCUGUGGCCCGGCUCGGGCCUGCUCCCUGCAGGGGUUCGACUAUCAAGGGCAGCAGGUCUUUUACUUUGAAAGGCCCCUCAGGGUGGAUGCCUGCUGCUUGGGCUGCUGCCUGAUGGAAAUGAGGGCAUAUUCACCUAAGAAGCAUCUCAUUGGCACUGUAUGCCAGAGGUGGAGCAUGUUUACCCCUCUCCUGGAGGUCUGCGGCCCGCAAGGAGCCUCCAGAAUCCAAAUUCAGGGCCCCUGCUGUCCCUUCCGCUGCUUCUCUAACCAACAAUUUCAGAUUGUUUCCAACAUUGGAGAGCAAAUAGGUACAAUAUGGAAGAAGUGGCCCGGCUUCAGCAAUGAAUGUAACACGGAUCAUGAAUAUUUUGGCUUGGAGGUGCCACAGAGCUUGGAGCCACAUACUAAACUCCUGCUUCUGGCAGCUACUUUCUUACUGGCAAGUAUUAAACUCAGUGCAGCUGGUUGGACUCCAAACUUGUCUUCAUAGUUUCAGAGAUCAUCCUGUCAUAUUUUUCUAUGAGUAUGCAAUAUUUGUGACAAUGUGCCAGCAAAGAUCAUAAAACUCAAGAUUGUAGAUUUGAUCAAAUCCAGGCAUGUCUUGGUUACUGAGGUUUUGAAAACUUCUUUUUAAAACUGAUGAUCAAUUUACGUUUACUCCGGAUUUUUGUGCAACUAUGUAUUAAAACAAAUCUUAGCAUUUCUGUAAUAUACUUUGCAAGAGCAGGAAUAAUAGCUUUUCUAUUUUCCAUUUAGAUCAUGUUAUAGUUUUUUUUUAAUUUGUGCAAAUAACAUUUGCACUAAAGGCCUAACCCUAAGUCUAAUGUAUCCUUGCUAAUAAAAAGCUUAGGACAAGUAAGUUAUCUAAACUGUUACCGUCUUUUCAGAACCACAUGUUCUUUGAAAUGAGCUGAAAACCAAAAAAAUAAGAAAAGGACACCCUACGUACAAGUCACCAGCUAUUUGGACAGCCAAGCUCCUCUGAUGGCAAAGAUGAACAAAGGCAGGAAGAAAACAUUGGAUUCUUCCUCUACAGCUACUUUUCUGUUCCAGCUUUCAACAGCGCAGAAAAAAAACUGAGCCAGCCUUAGCAGCAGAUGCAUAUUUAACUUUUAUUGCUAGAAUCCAUCAGGUGCACAUCUCCAACAAUAUUUCUCUUCCAUCAUUUGCCACAACAUGUUGGGCAGAAUUAGACUUCCUCACAAACUGAAAAAGAAAAAAAAAAAGAAGAA